AUUAUGGAUAAAACCAUAAACCUACAACAUGCACGAGCACUGAUAAAGAACCUAAGCUUCCACCACUAAUUUACCACUUCAUCUUGAUUUUCACUGCUGCUCAUGAGCGCUCUCCCCCACCCCGGCUACACACCGGCUCUAUACAGCCCGGCUGCGGUUACUUCACGCACCAGCGAUGCACCCCCCGCCCUGUCCCUCCGCAGCCCCGUGCUACGGGCCGCGCCCCGCUGCCAGCAGCCGGCCCGGAACGCGGAGGGUGGAGCCGCGCCGCCAGCACCUCCUCCCGCCUCUCUUCCCCCCUCUCCACCCCCAACGUGCGCGGCCGCGGCGCUACGCGAGCACGGGGAUUCAGCGCGGCCUACGGGCAGCGCCGCGGCUACCAUGGCCGGGGAGGUGAAAACCAAGCUGUCCAAGAAUCUGCUGCGCAUGAAGUUCAUGCAAAGGGGUUUGGACUCGCAAACUAAAAAACAACUUGACGAAGAGGAAAAGAAGAUAAUUAGUGAUGAACACUGGUAUCUUGAUUUACCAGACCUAAAGGAGAAAGAGAGCUAUAUAAUAGAAGAGAGGAGCUUUAUGCCAUGUGAGGAUCUACUUUAUGGUAGAAUGUCCUUCAAAGGAUUCAAUCCGGAAAUUGAGAAAUUAAUGGUCCAAAUAAACUCUAAGAGCAAGAAAGAAGAAAUUGAAGAGGAUGAUAAAAUGGAGGCUGAUGUGUCUGAUGAAGAAAUGGCCAGAAGAUAUGAAACACUAGUGGGAACAAUAGGGAAGAAAUUCUUGAAAAAAAGAGACCAGCGUGUUAUCCAUGAUGAAGAUGAAGAGGAGAACAGUAACACAAGACCUAAGAAAGCUAGGAAAAUGUUUUUAAAACCUCAGGAUUAAUGUCAGCUGCACAACUGAAGCUAACAGAAAUGUUGUCUACCGAAUAUAGCAAAUAUGGCACCAAAAACUGAAGAUUGUUUGGAGUUUUUGCUAUUUUAUGUAAAAGAUAGAAUUGUAAAUCUGAA